AUGCUUCCGACCGCUCCCGCUUUUCAUUUGGAGCAUCGAUUGCACCAAAAAACCUCCGAUUCUACCCUCCGCUUCCUCCACCUCGCCUGCACCGCCCUUGACACUGUUCAUCGGGUUACUACAGGGUUCGUGAACUUCCCGGCAACGUCGCUAGAUUGCCGUCGGAACUUAACGUCACCGUCGACGAACUUGUCGCAUAUCAAAGCAAAGGAGUCUCCUCGAAUGUCUUCGUUAAAAUCCGGUAUUGAAGUCAAAUCGAAUGAAAGUGGUAUCAUCACCAAUUCGGAUGAUUUGAAUGGUUCGAUUCGUCAUGAAAUCUCAACAAAGGGAAAGCGAUCCACGAAUAUCGUUUGGCAUAAAUGUUCUGUAGAGAAAAUGGACAGACAGGAGUUGCUUCAGCAAAAAGGUUGCGUCGUUUGGAUUACUGGCCUCAGUGGUUCAGGAAAAAGCACCUUGGAUAGGUUAUCAGAAUGGUUGGUGAGAGUGCAGAAGCUGUGGGUGCUGGAUAGAACUUCAAUAGCUCUUGCAUACUUUCAGUCUUCCCUCUUUCUUCCCAGUCUUCCCUCUUUCUGUCCCAGUCCGCUUCGGCCUACGGCUCGAAGUUCGGUUUCUUUUGGGAUGCCGUCGCCAAAGUCCAGAAUGGUUCUGAUGUUGGAUAAAACAAUCUUUUGUUUCCUGUUAUCUCCAUCUGGUAAUUGUGAAGAAUCAUUAAGCCAACAGCUCUCCCGCUGCCGCUAUAGAAGUAGACAUGUCGGCCUCUGCCUAUGACUCACCCUGUCACCCAUGCAAUAUGGGUUCAAGCCACGGGUGCACCGAUUUUACUUUUUUUUCAUUGCUAUCAAUAUGCUAUCUUCAUUAUUCAAAUGGUCACAGUGACAGUAAAAAUAUGGUUUUGAUCAAUAUGAGAGAUCAAUGAGACAAAAGUUUCAAUUUUUUUCCUGUCCCAAAAAGGCUGGACAACACUUGCUCAAGAUCUGUCCACAUGUCUAAACAGGUAUUGUAUGGUAGUGUAUGGCUGGUCAUGUUUAGUGAUGGUAGUGUAUGGCAAUUCUUUAAGAGAGUUCUUACUAUAUUUUCAUUUAGGAAUAUUAAAGAUUUUUAUUUCGGGAUUUAUAUUGUGGUUUUUCAUUAUAAUAAUCGAAAAAUCUGUGAUUUUUGGGUGGCAAUUCUUUAAGAGAGUUCUUAGAGCCUAUGCUACAAAGCUUGUCAUGAAGCUGUCUUAACGUGGUUUGGGGAUUGUUGCAGCUGCGAUAGGUAUGGAUGGACACAUGAAGAUUCAUCCAAUUGAACCCAAACUCAAAGGAGGACCACAAGCUCGGGGCUCGACGAAAGAGAAUAACAACAUACUUUAUCUGGAGGAGUAUUGUUAACUGUAGAUGCAGAAGUAGAAGUACUUGAUUGGUUGAUCCUACUACACUCAAUCUCCACAUUUUGUAACCCAUCAACAUGAUCAGAUGCAAUUGGCAAUGAUCUAGCCACACUAGCAAGAUCAAACGAACUUUGAUCAGGGUUUUGUUGUGUGUGAAGAGUAGAUGGUGGAUCUUGAUGAACAGUUUCUUGUAAUAGAAAGAUUUGUUCUGUUGGAAAUGCACCCUCAAGAGCAGAUUUGAUUGCUUCAGGAGAUUGAGAAGUACUUAUGACGGUGACUUCCCCAUUGUUAGCGUUCACUGCUAUUAGUAUAACAUCAUCAAGUUCAAAAAGUGUCUUUUUGACUUUUCGUACGGAUCUAUCACAAUUAUUGAACGAAUCAAUUUGAAAAGUAUAUUUAACCGGAGUCGUCAUGUUUAAUGUUUUCUGAAAAGGUAACACA